AAUAGUUUCAGUACCCAAUGACAAACUUUACAGGAAUCAUUGCAUAGCAUAGCCUCCUACUUUAGUCUUCACCACACUAACAAGGACUCGGGGCCACCUCUGUUUCACUCAGGAAUUUCAUCGAACAGAUAGCAAUCUUUCUCCAAGCUUAAUAGACCAACACCUUUCUGUCUUUCACAAGCAAGAAACGACACCACGUGGCACAAAGCUAGACCCUCUAAUUCCACGUGUCAAAAACCCACCUUCAGUUGCCGCCAUAAUCACAGUCCUCGCCAAGCACCGGUCACUAAGCUCCCUUAAUUUCUUUGAGAAAUUUCUUCGAACGCAUAGCAAUCUUUGUUGAGGGCCAACGCACUUCUGGCUUUUACAAGCAAGAAAGAAGCUCCACUUGGCACAAUGCUAGACUCUCUAAUUCCACGUGUCAAGAACCCACCUUCAGUUGUCGACAUAAUCGCAGUCCUCGCCAAGCUCCAGUCACUAACCUUCUUCCAACCACCUAAACUUGCAUAAAGCAGACCUAAUAAUGCGCCAUUACAAACCCUACCUCCAAUUCUCCAAAACUAUUAGAUACAAUUACCAUAGGACCAUCCACUACACAGCUCGAAAACACCCUUCUCAGCAGACCCAUCUUCAAAAUGUUGGCCCCAUGGCCUCUCUACUCAAGACCCGAUCGGUAAUCCGAUUUAAAGGCCCGGACACAGUGAAAUUCCUUCAGGGUCUGUUGACCAACGAUGUUCGGAGGUUCAGUGAACCCUUGGGUGAGAAGUCUUCGACCUUGCCUACGCCUACGCCUAACUUGGCUGCUGUAUCGGUUCCGCCGAUGUACGCUGCAUUGUUGACACCUCAGGGAAGGUUUCUGUGUGAUAUGUUUUUGUACAGGCCGCCUCGGGCUGAUGAGAAGCAUGAUAGCACCUGGUCUGGACCUGGGUCGGACCAAGAACCCGGUGAGUUGGAUUUGCUUGCGGAUGUGGAUGCUUCUGUGUUGGAGGAGCUAUUGAAGACCUUGAUGAAAUACAGGUUGAGGUCUAUGGUUGAUAUCGAGAAUGUAUCAGAAUAUUUCUCUUGUUGGCAAUGAUAUGGUGGGAACCUCGCUCAAAAUUCGUCCUCUGCAGAAGAACCAGAGGCUGCUGCUGUUGGUUGGGGUGGUGCCAUUGAUCGUUCUG